AAAUUGUUCUUUCUUUUGGUCAAAGUGGGAGUAAACACUAAAUUAAAUACCUAUUACUUAAAAGAAACCCCAAUUUUAUUUAGAAAUACGAAACAUAAUACAAAUAGGUUAAAAGAACUCCUUGAAAAGUUCAAGCAAGAACAAUAAAAAUCGAUAUAAUGUUGGUACUAGUUCUCGGAGAUCUUCACAUUCCACAUCGCUGCAGCAGUCUGCCGCCUAAAUUCAAGAAGCUCCUGUUGCCGGGCCGUAUACAACACAUACUGUGCACUGGUAAUCUAUGUACCAAGGAGUCUUAUGAUUAUUUGAAGACUUUGGCAAGUGAUGUCCAUGUAGUGAGAGGGGAUUUUGAUGAGAAUUCUACAUACCCUGAACAAAAAGUUAUAACAGUGGGUCAAUUCCGCAUUGGUUUGAUCCAUGGUCACCAAGUGGUUCCAUGGGGUGAUGAAGAGUCCCUCGCCCUUGUGCAGAGGCAACUAGAUGUGGACAUACUUAUAUCUGGUCACACUCAUCGCUUUGAGGCUUACGAGCAUGAGAAUAAGUUCUACAUUAAUCCAGGAUCUGCUACAGGUGCAUACAGUCCACUAUACAGAAAUGGCACACCAUCAUUUGUGUUAAUGGACAUACAGAGUUCAACAGUUGUGACGUAUGUGUACAAAUUACUGGGAGAUGAAGUCAAAGUUGAGAGAAUCGAGUACAAGAAAGCGUAGCCAAAAGAUAUUUAAGAAUCCCUGGACCAUGGUUAUGACAAAACUAUUAGAUCUACAUCUCAUUUGUUUUGUCUUCUGUGAAUAUGGACCAGAAUAAACAUUGAAGGUGCUUAUUGUGACUUGCCAUAUUUUGUGUAGAUGUCACAUAGAGCUUUCAGCUGGCCAAUUCACUAUUAUGGUCUUUAUUAAUAACCUAUGGAAAUGGACAACAAAUCAAUUGACUAAAUGUCAUCUACAUACUUAAUGAUAUCCACCGGAGUAGGCACCGGAUGACAUUUGUAUUUUGUAACCACAGAAUAAAGAAUGAUACAGAAUGAGUCUAUGCAAGAAGUGCGAUGAAGCCAGUGAAACUCAUAAAAACGUCAUAAAACGUCACGCGGCUCCUUCACAUCAGCAUAUACAAACAUUUUUCAUAAUUUGUAUUUUAAGAUAUGAAGUGUUUUCAGAUAGCAUGGGUACGGUGACAGUCCCUUGUAUGAUAUUCAAAAUAAUGUACUAUUAUUGUGAAUCGCGGUAUACUUUCAAGAGUGAUAUGAACUGUCACCCGCACCAUUGUACAAUAAACAAACUGUAACACUUACGUAAACUAAUAUCAUAAUUGACUAAUAAUCAAUAACUUCCUAUAAAAAAUACUCCAUCUUAUUUUUUUAGUUUUUGUGAACAGUUUUUAAAAUAUUUAAAAACAUAUGACACCAUUUUUCUUCAAUAAUAUUGGAAAUUACUGAUGAGACGCUUCGUGUCAUACUGACUCGAAAAUGUAUUUGUAUUUUGAAUGACUGCAUGACUGCCGUGUUCCGUAUGCUCUAUCUGCCUAUUAUUCUUUACUCUAUGUUUGUGUCAUAGUGUGUAGAUAACAUUUUGUCAGUUGGUUUGUCUUAUUUUAAAAUGAAAAAAGGCUAGCAGGUUUAAAUAUGUCUUAGUAUCAAGUCCUUGGUCCAGACCAGUAUGUAUAUUGUUUAUAGUAUUGUCAAACUUCUAGUAAAUACUUCAAGACCAUGUAGGUAUAGUAAAGUUGGUAAGUUUCUGUGACAAAAUUCAUUCUAUGUUCAGAAUUUACUGAAAGUUUGGCACAGCUGGGUUAAUUAAGUAUUCAGCCACAUAUUCACUAGUAAACAAUUAUAUACAAUGUUUUACAUAUAAUACACUUCACACUAAUAUUAUAAAGGCGAAAGUUUGUGUGUGUGAGUGUGUAAGUAUGUUUGUUCCUCUUUUAUGCUGCGGCUACUGAAGCGAUUUGGCUGAAAUUUGGAAUGGAAAUAGAUUUUACUCUGGAUCAACACAUAGGCUACUUUUCAUCCCGAAAAAAUCCAUGGUUCCCGCGCGAUUUGUGAAAAUCUGAAUUCCACGCGGAUGAAGUCGCGGGCGUCCGCUAGUAUUUGUAUAAGUUUAGACACAUGGGUCUUUAGUAUGGAAAUUAUUUAUACUAAUAUUAUGCAGAGGUAAAUAUGUGACGUAGGGGAUCUCUAGAUCUAUUGACCCUAUUUUGAAAAUCCUUUUUUCAUAUUUUAAAUGUGUUUGAAAGACUUUUUCACAUUUAGGUCAGUUCAUCAUUAACAACCUAUACUCGGCUCACUGUUGAGCACGAGUCUCCUCUCAGAAUGAGAGGCCUUAAUCCACCACACUGGCCAAAUACGGAUUGGCAGACUUCACACACAGAAUUGAGACAAUUCUCAGGUUUCCUCAUGAUGUCUUUCCUACACCGUUUGAGACACGUGAUAUUUAUGUUCUUAAAAUGCACGUAACUGAAAAGUUAGAGGUGCAUGCCACGGAUAGGAUUCGAACCUACGUCCUCCGAAUCGAAGGCAGAGGUUAUGUCCACUGGGCUAUCACGUCUCUCUUUAAUUUUAAUAAGUUAACAAAUGAAAAUAUUACAUUUUAAUUUGCUAGCAUUAUAUACCUAUUUGAAACACUGUUUAAUAGUGAAUGUACGGCUUAAGAAUAUCUUAUUAUAAUAUUUCACAUAAUCCUUGUGAUCUGUUAAUUUUAACUUAAUAAGUAGGUAGGUAUAUUUCAGAGCAUUUUAUCAACGUUUUAGUAUGUAAGUACUCGUAUGUAUUUAAUACUUAUGUGUAAAAGCCACGGCAUACUAUUUUGUAUGUUUUUUUUUGGUAAUUAUUUAGUUAACUAAAACAUUUAUUAUGUAAAUCAUGAUGUUAUUAUGUACCUACUGUAUUAAUAAAAAUAUUUGAUUAUA